AUGAACGGUCUCCCGGAGGACGCACUCGGCGAUUCUCAACCCCUAACCGCCAGUAUCGACAAAGAUCACGAAAAGAACGUCAACUUCAAGCACCCAUGGAUAGAUUCCACGUCCCAGAUUCGGCUACUGAGUCUUGCAGAAGCCAACUCUGAUCCUUUGAGGUUUGAAUGUGCUUUGGAAAUCGCCAACAUCACCCAACUUCAGAAUGUCCGUUAUGAUACGCUCUCAUACCAGUGGGGCGAGGCUCGAACCGACAAAGAUAUACAUGAGAUAUAUGUCGAUCACCAGCCAUUCUGGGUCAAACUAAUGUCGCAAGUGUACAGCAACGCAGAUUGUACGCACGUGUGGCUCGGCUUACCACAUGCAGAACAGGCAAUAUCACUCCACAGUCUUCGCACGCAGCUUACCGAUAACGCUCCGCUCCCAGCUUGGCGGACAGAGUCUUUUGUUGCGUUGAGCUAUAUGUGUUCUCGGGAGUAUUGGAGAAGAUUGUGGAUCGUGCAGGAACUACUCUUGAGUGAAUUGACAAUUUUGCAUUGCGGGCCAUUUACUUUCCAAUGGGAUGAGCUCGUGCGGUUUGCAAGAUCUGGACUGCUCUCGAAGGAUGAUAUCUCGGGUGACCUGGCAGAUUUUACAUGGUGGGAUGCGUGGGAUUUCCCCAAGCCUGAGGAUUACUCCCAGCAGCUCGCGUUGGAGAACCGACUGCAUAAUGGAUGGCACUCUGCACUUCGCCUCUUUCAUUAUCGUGAAAGUUGGAGAUCGAGGACUKCGACUUUGGGGCAGCCAUGCUACGUCCAACCGCAGCCAGUCKGCUUCCCAUUUCAUCAAGCGAUGGUAGCCUUUGGACGACAGCAGUGCUGGGAUCUCAAAGAUAGAGUCUACGCAUUGGUCGGAUUGCUCGAUAGUGAGGGGAGGGACUUCAUUACGCCCAAUUACCGAAGCUCUCUCCAAGAAGUUUUCAUCGAGGCUGCUGCAGCAGCUAUCACCUCGCAUUGGAGAAGGGAUUCUCCGCCACGAGGGCCACCAUCCACUAAACCCGAGAUAGUCAUGUUCUGCGGUAUGCUCAAUGCCUCCCUUGGAUUGUCCAUCGGAGACAUUGAGGCUAGGAUUUCUGCCGCCUUGCGUGUUGCUGUGGCAUAUGCAAACAAUCUUCGAACCGAAACAUCAGAAUGUAAUGUUGGGCCUAUGASCUUCCGCGAUCGACCGCCAAUAAAUCAAGAAGUGGCGCAGACUGCGGCACGGUUUCCUGGUGUUGAGCAUGGACCUGCGUUAAAGUCUCCUCUGCAGCAAGCAUUUGAGGAUUUCAAGUGUGGCCUGACCCGUCUGGAAAUUCAGGAGUUCGCGAAUACCACUGUCACAGAUUUAAAGGGUACUAUCGCUGCCAUACAGGAGGAACAAAGAGCAACCGGUACAAUGCAGAAUAUGACAAGACUGAAGGCGUUUCUGAAUACUACGGAAGGAUAUGGCGAAAUUCUGAGUAUCUGUGUUGCCGAGCAGAACGCUGUCGUUUAUAUCUGGGGUUCGAUGAAACACCUCUUACAGGUUGCCCGUAAACGAUCGGACACAUUUGACGGCCUGCUUUCUCAAUACGAGGCGAUGGGAGACAGUUUGCCCAACAUCUCCACCAUCAAGCUACUUCCGGAAGGGAGCGGUCAUCGGUCCGAAGUUGUCGGCGUACUGUUCCGCAACAUAUUUGAGUUUCACACUCUCGCGCUGCGCUACUUCAAGAACCCUGCGUGGCAACAACUCCUGGCUUCCACAUGGCACCAGCUCAAAAUGAAGCUGAGUGCGUUCAGCCAGGACAUGGUAAAGCACAAGGAAUUGGUAAAUACACAGGCAAAUGCUCAAGAACUAGACGAAGCCAGAGAAGGUCGGCAGGCCAAUGUUGCUCAUUUUUCCGAGCUCCUCGAGCAUGCCAAGCAGGCAAGGGUAGAGGCAGAUGAGAACUUUGGCAGACUGAACGCAGAUGAGGUGGACCGUCGAAAGGUACUCCUGUUUAAGUGGCUAUCUGCGCCCGAUUCAGCAUCCGAUCUUGACCACCAUCAGCUCCAUCGCCAUUCUGGUAGUGGGCAGUGGCUUUUGAGGAACGCUCGCUUCCGUGCAUGGUUCGAGCCACAUUCGGUCUCUGCGCCGAUGCUUUGGAUUACUGGCAAGCCCGGAGCAGGAAAGUCCGUGCUUGCCUCCUUAGUGUUCGACCAGGCCUCGCAGUUGUCAAACACGUCGACAUUGGUCUUCUUCUGCAAGCAAGAUGAUAAGGAGAAAAACUGUUUCGUCGGCAUGGCCCGAUCGAUCCUCGCACAACUCUUAAAGUGCAAGUGCGAUGAUGAGCUUUCGAUGUAUCUUUUCGAAGCGGUCAUAAAGCGAGGCGAAACCACACUUCGGACCAUCAAAAUGGCGAAGGAAAUGCUGACAAUAUGUUUGAAAGCAGUCGGGAAGACAUAUGUCGUGAUAGAUGGCAUCGACGAGUGUGACUCAAGUGAGCAGCAACAGAUUGCCAAAUUCUGGAUGAGCUACGUAGAACGCUCAAGCUCAAGUCGGUGCGUGAUCUUGAGUCAAGACGAUGCCCUGACGAAUCCCAUGUUUUGCAAGCUGCCUACCGUGCGGAUCGAUGGAAUGGAUCACGACAAGGACAUUGCUACGUACUGCAAAGAGGCUGUUGAGCAGUUUCCCCAGGAGCUCACCUUGAAGGCUCACGAGAAAGCUGGCAUUGCUUCCGAAACAACUAGGCGUGCGAAGGGCAUGUUUCUCUUCGCCCGCCUUGUCAUGAAAAAUCUCUCCGAGCAAGUCACUAGAGCGGAUUUUGACAUGGCGAUGGCUCCUGGAGUGUUUCCCGAGGGCCUCGAGGAUGCGUAUAAUCGCAUUCUAGACAGGAUCCUCAAGACUGCCCACAAGCCCUACCACAGAUAUGCAAGAAAACUUCUACAAUGGAUAUCCUGUGCAACGAGGCCUCUCAAAUGGCGCGAGAUCCAAGCUGCAGUCUCAAUCGACCUCGACCGGGGACAGGUAGAUUUCGAACGUCUUCGUAUAUUGUUUCCUUGGAAGACCCUUCUCGGCGCUCUGGUAGAAGAGUCUUCAAAUGGGGAUAUGGUUUUCGUGCACAGCACGGUCAAAACACACCUUUUGCACCAUGGAUACGUGGACAUCGGCGUAGCUCGUUCCUCGCUUACAAACGUCUGUCYAGACUACUUCUCUUUGCCCGCCUUUUCUGAGGCGUGCACUGACGACGCGUUACGUGUCGCUACCUUGACAGGUACCUAUGCCUUCAUCGAGUAUGCACUCGUUUCCUGGACAUCACAUCUCGAGUGCGUUUURGAAGACUUGCCGUUGCCGGAAUCACUCGCUGAAGCACUCCAACGUUUCUUCGACCUUCAUUGGAAGAAGYCAACGAAAAAGACCAAACCAACGAAAAGGAUUCGUGAGCUAACGGACCGAUUAACCGACCAUUCUCUGCAUGCACGAAUCAGAGACAGCAUGUCAGCGAUGCAUUCCCUCAUGUCUACAAACUCGUCAAAUAUGGACUCAGUCUACACGCUUGAGAUAUUUGCAAUUCUGGCGCGUAUUCGCUCCAUCAUGGAAGACCUGGCAUUAAAUCUGAACGAAUCGGCUUCGCUCACGCAGUUCUACGGUGACAAGCUCUUCAAAUGYCCUCGCAUCUACUGCAAGUGGUUUCAUGAGGGCUUCUCGACACAAGAAGAGCGUGACUCGCACGUGGAGAAACACGAGCGCUCCCACUAUUGCUUGGAAGCCGGCUGCGUUUUUGCCACAUUCGGCUAUCCCACUGCGAAAGAGCUCGAGAAGCAUGUCACUGAUACCCACCAAAUGGGGUUAACGGAAGAGGAAUUCCCGGAGAUCAUUGACGAGUCAGAUGCACCUGAAGAGGAUCAAUAUGACCUGGCGACGAUUGGCUUCAUCGAAGCGCUGACUAGUUUCCAGCCUUCAGACGACGUUGAACUAGCAACUGCUGCGCAAGUGCCAGAUGCUGGAGAAAGCUCAGGGGCUACCAGAGACUUGCUCGAGCAGCAAGAGCUUCGACCAACAAUUGAAUUUCAGCGAAGCAAGCGACGAAACGAAUCUAGCGAGGCCAACGAACGCGGCGGACCUACUAGGCAGAGACGCACCGAUCCAUCUAUAUUCCAAUGCCACCUCUGUCCCAAGAAAUUCACCCGACGGUUCACACUCACAUCGCAUCUACGCAUCCACUCCAACGAGCGACCUUUCGCAUGCAAGAUCUGCGGCAAAUCAUUCGCCCGAGCAAGAGACUGCAAACGGCACGAGGACUCUCACGAUUGGGAGAAACAACUCGUCUGCCACGGAAUUCUAAGAACUGGACGACCUUGGGGCUGUCGGAAACGUUUCUCGCGCCCGGAUGCCUUUCAUCGACACUUUCGCUCAGACAUGGGCCGAGCAUGUAUUCAGCCCGUACGCGAUGAAGAGGCACGACCGAUGAGACAUUUGAGCGAACCAUUGCAUGAUAAUAAUGCCGUGGCUACGAGGUCUGGGUAUAAUACCCCAACCGCACAAAUGCCGGACAGUGUCAAUCAUGAACUACCGACUGCGCUGCUUGRGCGGUUUCCUGCAUUGGCUACGGUGGAUUGGGAAAGUUCCGAGAGGAAUGCAGCAGUGGGUUCAAGUCGCCAUGUACAAUUGCCUAGCAUAUCACGCCUGCUGGAAUGA